AUUUCCGGUUUCGGGAAGGUGGGAGGGGUGCGGAGCGGGACUUGGAGCCGCCGCCGCCUCGGCCGCCGCAUAUAGACCCUGCCUUGCGCCUGGUGCUGCCGGGGCGAUGCGGCCAGGUCCCGGAGGCUGCUGCUGCCGUCGCCCAGUGCGGGCGAACGGCUGCGUGGUGAAUGGGGAAGUGCGGAACGGGUACGUGAGGAGCAGCGCCGCUGCCGCCGCAGCUGCCGCCGGCCAGAUCCAUCAUGUUACACAAAAUGGAGGACUAUAUAAAAGACCAUUUAACGAAGCUUUUGAAGAAACGCCAAUGCUGGUUGCUGUGCUGACUUAUGUGGGGUAUGGUGUGCUCACUCUCUUUGGAUAUCUUCGAGAUUUCUUGAGGCACUGGAGAAUUGAAAAGUGUCACCAUGCAACAGAAAGAGAAGAACAACAGGACUUUGUGUCGUUGUAUCAGGAUUUCGAGAACUUCUAUACAAGGAAUCUCUACAUGAGGAUUAGAGACAACUGGAAUCGACCCAUCUGCAGUGUGCCUGGAGCCAGGGUGGACAUCAUGGAGAGACAGUCUCAUGAUUACAACUGGUCUUUCAAGUACACAGGGAACAUAAUUAAAGGUGUUAUAAACAUGGGCUCCUACAACUAUCUUGGAUUUGCACGGAAUACUGGAUCAUGUCAGGAGGCAGCUGCCAAAGUCCUGGAGGAGUAUGGAGUUGGAGUGUGCAGCACCCGGCAGGAGAUUGGAAACCUGGACAAACAUGAAGAACUAGAGAAACUUGUGGCAAGUUUCUUGGGAGUAGAAGCUGCUAUGACAUACGGCAUGGGAUUUGCAACAAAUUCAAUGAACAUUCCUGCUCUUGUCAGCAAAGGUUGCCUGAUUCUGAGUGAUGAACUGAACCAUGCAUCACUGGUCCUAGGAGCCAGGCUGUCAGGAGCAACCAUUCGAAUCUUCAAACACAACAAUAUGCAGAGCCUAGAGAAGCUGCUGAAAGAUGCCAUUGUUUACGGUCAGCCUCGGACACGAAGGCCCUGGAAGAAAAUUCUCAUCCUUGUGGAAGGAAUAUAUAGCAUGGAGGGAUCUAUUGUUCGCCUUCCUGAAGUGAUUGCCCUUAAGAAGAAGUACAAGGCAUACUUGUAUCUAGAUGAAGCCCACAGCAUUGGGGCCCUGGGCCCCAUGGGCCGAGGUGUGGUGGAUUACUUUGGCCUGGAUCCUGAGGAUGUUGACAUUAUGAUGGGAACAUUCACAAAGAGCUUUGGUGCUUCUGGAGGAUACAUUGGAGGCAAGAAGGAGCUGAUCGACUAUCUGCGGACACAUUCUCACAGUGCAGUGUAUGCCACGUCACUGUCACCCCCUGUUGUGGAGCAGAUCAUCACCUCCAUGAAGUGCAUCAUGGGGCAGGAUGGCACCACCCUUGGCAAAGAGUGUAUACAGCAGUUAGCUGAAAACACCAGGUAUUUCAGGAGACGCCUGAAAGAGAUGGGCUUCAUCAUUUAUGGAAAUGAAGAUUCCCCAGUGGUGCCUCUGAUGCUCUACAUGCCAGCCAAAAUUGGCGCCUUUGGACGGGAGAUGCUGAAGCGGAAUGUUGGUGUAGUUGUGGUAGGAUUUCCUGCUACUCCAAUCAUUGAAUCCAGAGCCAGAUUUUGCCUGUCAGCAGCUCAUACCAAAGAAAUACUUGAUACUGCUUUAAAGGAGAUUGAUGAAGUUGGGGACCUAUUGCAGCUGAAGUAUUCCCGUCACCGGUUGGUGCCUCUACUGGACAGGCCCUUUGACGAGACUACAUAUGAAGAAACAGAAGACUGAGCCUUUUUGGUGCUCCGCUAGAGGAACUCGCCCUUACCCAGGACGUGGGUGGCCUUUCUGAGCCAGUUCCCUGUGGCCAUCUCUUGUGCAAGACAUUUUCUCAACUACUGAUGGUGGCCACCUCCAGUCUAAGUGGCAUUUUGUAAAUAGUAAAAAAACUGCUUCACGUCCUUCCUUUGCUACAUUUCACCUUUUUUUAAAAAAAAAAAAAAAAAAAGGUGAACUCACUUUGCUUUUUUGUCCAUUAAAAAAUGUUUUAUUUUAUAACUAUUCUACUUGUGAAAUCACGCUUACCCAAGCCCGUCUCUGGCUAACCACGCAGACCAUUCACCUCUCCCAGCCACCUGGCAGAUGUGGGCCCAUCGAAAGCUCCUGCUGGCCCUGGCAUUGUAGCCUCUGACUCACCUGGCCCUCCUUCCUGGGGAGCAAGUGCCUUCCACUUACUUCCAGUCCAGGUGUCAGAGGCUGCCAACUUUGGAAUCCUUAAUUAACCAGUCAUGUGAUCAACCAAAAUGUUUUCAUGUGUCUUAAGUUUAGCCAUUUAAGAAAAACAGUAAAAACUAACAUUGCUGGAACUCCCCCUCAUUGUCUAACCUUCCCUGGCCAGGAGCCUCCCAGGCUUGGUCUUAUUCCAUUUCGUUCUGGUCACUAGAUGGUUUCUUCUUUUACCAUCAAAUAUUCUUCAUAAUGGUCACAUCUGAGCAUAUGUCCAAUUUCUGGGUUCUUCCCAAGCCAUAAUCUAACACUCCUAUCCUCUAUUUAAAGCACUUAAAUUGUUUUAAAAGCGCCCACAUCCCACCCUGGUCAGACCUCUGGUGAAGCUGACUCACAGUUCACUGUUCUGUGUAUAAAGCUGCUUGACAGAGUGACAUGCACUCCUGCUGGGGUGAGGGGGCAGGGGCGCUGUGCAAAGAAUUGAUUGUUCCCUGCAGAAUGUCUGUGGUCUGGUUCUUAUUGCUUUCUACUUUUCAAACUUAAUGACAGCCUCUGCCUGGGUCUGGGUCCAGAUUAGGAUUUAAACUGAUAAAGGAAAAUGUUGGUAAAGCUCUGCUCAGAAAUCAUUUGUCAUGUUCCUAAUUUAAGAAUUAACGUCUAUCAACUUACCCUUUUUAGAAGAUGACCCAUUUAAAUUUCACUCUGAGGCCAGUUCUCCCUUAUUCUUGAUGUCCUAAUGCAGUUCUAACCUGGCAUCUGGGGCCUACGGGGCUCCAUCUCCUGCUACCCUGCCCACCAUCCCUCGAGAAAUUCUGAACACUUACUUCUUUGCUAACCUUCUGUUUUGACUCUGUUUUCAUACCAGGUAAAGGGACUUCUUUCAGAGAGCUUUAUACUGCUUGACCAAAGAACAAAUCUGGAAAUCACCAUAUUAAAAUUAUUUUUUUCUGUUGACCAAAGCUUAAGUGAAGAGAAUUUUUUGACUUUUUUUAUGCCCAAGAUCAGUUUAUUUUUUAGUAGCCAUCAAGUAUUAUAGGGGAAGGAUUGAGAAUGGAUUGGAAAAGUAUUGUGUGAAAGUAGUUUUGCACAUCUCUAUUUUUUAAAUCCCUCCUUUUAUUGGUAAAAAUUCUCAGUCCAGAUUCUCCUGGGCAACCUGUGAUCAGCUGUGGUAUGUUCUUGCACAUACAUGUAGUGGAGGAAAUAAGCAAUACUAUGGUUUGUGGAGUUUUGUUUUCAUGUCUUAAGUUAUCUUUGGUUACUCUCAGCAUCUGAGAGCCUUAAGCCCUUGAAAUAUUCCAAGGUUUUUAUUUUACUUUUUUAAGAACAGAUAAAGGUGAAUUUAAAGUACCAAGUAAAGAUGCAGGGACUACAUAUAGCAUGCACAAGCUGAAGUAAAAAAGAUAGUGAUAACUAAGUAAUUAGUCCUGUAAAGUAAAAUACAUUAUUAACCUUUUCCUGCAUAUCUAGUUCCUCACCACAGAACCCCAUUAGAAUACCAGAGAGCUUUUGCACUGCGGUUACCAUUUAGUGGUGUAGGGUUUGCAGAAGUCACAAACUUAAAGCAAUGAACUUACAGCUAGUGUUUUAUUUUGGCUUGCAUGAAGUCACUGCAACUUAAAAUGUCACUUAGUAGGGGCAUUAAAAAUAUAUAUAUAUAUAUCACUUUGCUGGUGCAGUUAUUUUAGGAUAAGUAUCAUUGAGUUACAGAUUUAUUUUGAAGAGCUAAAACUCUUGUGAUCUAUCCAUGACCUCUGCUUUCUAAAGGAGAAAACAUUAUACACACUGGUUGUCUCUUUAAACUAAAUAAUAUAAGCCUAGGGUCCAGUCAUAUCACAAGUAUCAUUAUUUAACCAAGCCUCCCACUUGGGGAAAUACAAGUGUGUAUAAAUACAGUCAUUGGGAUCGUGUAGAAAUCUGGGACUAAAAAGUGCUGUUUAGUAUAUGGUUUAAUACAGCCUACUUCAAAAAUCUGAUGGGAUUCAAAUAGGUAUCAGCUCACGAGGCUGAUUGUCAGAGUUAGUCAACAGAGGUGUGACUAAUCCUUACCACUUUUUCUCAUCCCUCUUUAUUUAGCAUUGCCUUUCCUGCAGAUCACAUCAGAAACCAGAAGUUUAUGACUAGGGGACAUCAAAGAAUGGAUCAAGUGGCAGGGCAGAUUCUCUCCUUCCACUUUUGUUCUAAAAACUUUACCCUAGAAUAUGGCAUACUUUCUAGAGCAAGUAAAUAUUGAAAGAGAGUGUACAGAAGCAGGGUCUUUAGAGCACUUUAACUUUUCACUUCGUUUUGGAAAAUUUCUUCCUUUUAAAAAAACAUUCUUGUCUCCAGGCCCCAGAGUACUGCUUGCUUGUUUGAAGAACUCAGCAUCUUAGUCCUUUCAUUACUGUCUUAAACUUUCAUGAUAGGGUGAGGAUUUCAGGUAGUCAAACAUGCUUCUUCCUGGUGUGGUCAUGCGUGGUGAACAGAAAAUGUCUGACACAGCUACUAAGGGCUGUGUUUGCCUAAUGUCCUUUCAGAGGCCAAGGCCCUGUUUCUUCCCCCCACCCCCCUUUCCAAAUUGGUGAGGAUCUCUGGCCCUCAGUCAUGCUGGGUUGGGCAGCCGCACGGAACUGCUAGUCAUGUCAUAGGCAGUGAAGAAAGAGAACUUGGGUUAUUCUUUUGUACAAAUUUGUGGCAAAACCACCUAGAGGAGGUUAAACACAGUUGACUGUCUCCUAGUUCUCUUGUAUAGAGAAUUGCUGUGACCUAAUUCCCAGGGUGUCUUUCCUUUCCUGGUGUUCCAGGUAAGCCAGAAUGGGUUUUAAUCUCUAUUUGGUAUAACCUAUACGGUUAGAAGAGAUGGGAGAGUCGUGAUUUUCCUUCUGUAGGCUCUCAUGAAGGUCAAGAACUGUUGAGCAUUUCACACAGGUAAAAUCAGCGUAGCCCAAAGAAGUUACGAAGGGGGAGUUUUGAAAAUCAAAGUAUUCUUGGCUGUUGAGCAGCUGUUUGCUUAAAUGCAGCCUCAGAACCUGUGGAUGUGCUGCUGUCUGCUUAACCUGGAAGUUCAGUGCCCAGCAGGCAUCUUAAUCCUUUAAGCCAGUUAAUCACAAUACCUUCCACGUGAAGAAAAGCGUGUCCAUUCUCUCCACAGCUUUAUCCACAUGAAAUGUUUUCAGGCUUCCAGCCAGUUGCCAUGUGCCCAAAUAGCUGAGUUAGAAGGCUGGCUUCCCGCCUUACACAGAAGAAACGCCAGGACUAGCCAAUGACGCCUUUGCUUUUAAUUGUACUGAAAAUGCUGUUGCCUGUUUUGUCAUUUCCAGUGACUUCAAUUUUCCAAGCACUUUUGCUAUAGAUUGAGCCUUUUCCAGGGAAGAAACCAAAGGGGCCUGCUUGAGCCCUUACUGAAAAUGUUUAUGCUAGUCUUCUCUGCUGAGUCUGGAGGUAUCACAUUCCCAGUCACCCUUGGGACUGGCUUGGCGGGGGAGCUGUGGGCAAGGUCUUGUUUACUACGUAGUGCACAUGAUAAAUGGCCUGAUAAACUGUGAUUCUUUGUGGUAUGAUGAGUUAUAAUAAACUGACCCUAAAGAAUGCAGUGGCUCUUAAACUGCCAUUACUGUGUUUUUAAUGAAGCAUACCCACAGCUCUGAUCUCUGAGCAGUUGUGGGGAGGUGGGAUGACAGGUAAAAAUAAGAACAGUGUCCUCGUGUCGUGCCAGGCGUCCUGCCUUGUUGCCGCCGGCACGGAUAAGCAGAUCCUUCCAUGCACAAGGAGCCUUGAGCCCACUCAAAGUCUGCCUUUUCCAACACAAUUCCCAAGUUUCUUGUGUAAAGCUUGGGUGCCUGACCCAGGCCUUCCAAGGAAGUUGGGACGUAUCACUGACUAGGGUGGAGUGGUAGCUUGUCUUCACCCUUAACAGUCGGUCUUGUUGCCUCAGUGAUGUGAUUAAUGGUGGGAAUGAUUAAAAAGCAUCCUUGAUGGUUCUUAACGGAAUGUUAAAGAGAUCACCCUGAGCAUGUCAGCCCACAUGCCCACACAGGCUUGAUGAUCCCUCUCUGCAGAAAGGUAGCUAACAUGAAGAGAAGGGGGAAAGAGAAUGAGAAUGGAGAAACAGCUUAUGGGGAGCUGAGACCUUAUUUUGUUGUCCCGUAUUUUCCCACUGCUGUAAACUGGGCUUUGCCAGAGGUGCUGUGACGCCCCUCUCCAGUCUGUCAUGCUCACGUAAUCUGGGGAAGUAAGAAGGGGAAAUGUAAAUAAAUUUUUUUUAAUUUAGUAAUGUAUUAAAAUGUCACUCUCCCUUACCCAUCCCUGUCUCUCUAUUUUGCCAGGUGAUUUGUUUUUCUUUGCUUUGUUGGAUGACUGUCAAGCUAUAUAAAUAAUGGGUUGGGGUAGGUGUAUCCAUUUAGAGAGUGCAUGUUAAGAACUGAAGGGGAGCUUCUUGAGAUGACUUAAGAAUCAUCCCAUGCAAAUAUAUUGUUUUGCCCCAAUAAAAUACUCGGAAAGCUG